AUGUCUGCGCCGCCAAGUUGGUUAUUCUCCAACAACAACGACACCACGACACCUGCGACGGCCAAUCCCAUACCGACUCCAGACCGCCGUUCCACCAAAACGAUGGCAAAGAAGACCAGCACUGCCGCGACCCCGGCGGUCCCGGCUCUGCUGAUGGACAUGGUGGAAAAGUUCCUCAAGGACAAUGCCUUCUCCGCCGCGCACAAGUCUUUCCGCGAGCAGCGCAAGGCCCAGAACCUGGCCACCAAAGACAAGGACGCAGCGGCCGCGGCGCCCGCCCUCGUCGACGUCUUUGCCUCGUGGCAGGAGGCUGCGGCCAAGAGCGACGACGCCGACGACGACAGCGAUGACGAGAGCUCGGACAGUUCGGACAGCAGCGACAGCUCCGACGACGAGGACGCCGACGAUAGCAGCAGCAGCGACGAGGAGGUGGUGGUGGUCGAGGUGAAGCAAGAGCCGACCAAGUCGCUGAAGCGCAAGGCGCCGGAGAGCGACAGCUCCGAUAGUGACGACUCGUCCGACUCUGACUCGGCUUCGGACUCGAGCGACAGCUCCGACGACGAAGACGACAAGAAGAAGCCCCAGGCCAAGAAGCAAAAGACAAAAACGGCCGCCAAGGAGGACUCGUCCGACGACGAGAUGGACGUGGACUCCUCUGAUAGCGACAGCGACAGCGAUUCGUCCGGCUCCGACUCCGACUCUGAUAGUGACUCUAAUAGCGACAGUGACUCGUCCGACUCUGAAGUUGAAAAGGCCGCCGCCGUCGCCCUCCCCGACAGCGACUCGUCUGACUCCGACUCCGACUCUGAUUCCGACUCCUCCAGCUCAGAAGAAGACGAAGAAGAGAAGCCCAAGCCCAAGGCCAAAAAGACCAAAGCCAAAAAGGACUCGUCCGACUCUUCUGUGACGCUCGACCGCGCCUCGCCCGCCCCUCUCCCUCCUGUGCCCACCGCCGCCACGACUACCAAGCGCAAGCACAACGAGCCCUUUUCGCGCAUCAAAAAGGACAUUCAGGUCGACCCCAAGUUUGCCUCCAACGAAUGGGUGCCCAUGGACUACUCGCAGCGCGCGCACGAGGAUCUCAUCAUCACCAAGGGCAAGGGCUUCACAAAAGCCAAGAACAAGAUGAAGAAGGGCAGCUUCCGCGGCGGCAUGAUUGAUAUCACUGAGAAAAAGGCCGUCUACUUUGAGGACUAA